GGGCCAGGAGAGAAACCCUUGUGGUCUGCUCUCAGGAACGUAGCCGGCGUCACUUCGGAGAACAGUGGCCCCGUCAGAAAGUAAGUUCUGGUGGGGGCGACCAUCGGAGACGAGUGGGCGGUGCACUUCGCGCACGGGCCUUCCCGCGCCCGUCUCGGAAAACUUGCUGCGCAGGGCCAGGGCUCCCAGAACGGGUCCCUCUUUCCUUAACGGACUCUCACAUCCGGGUUUUUUUCCUCCCUGGCCGCCUCUUGGGCGCGUGGGCCAAUGGGAAACCGCCAUUUAGUACGUCCCGCCUACUGUGUCGCGUAGAGCAUCCUGGAACUCGUAGUAAAUCUCUCGAGAGUUCCCCCGGCACGCGGGCAAGAGAAGCGGCGUUCCUACGCACGUUUUGUCGCCCAAGCCGUUCCUCCAUUCUUCUCACUCCGGUCUUACCGGACUUCCGCUAGGAAGGAAGAUCCUCGAGCAGCCGGUUCAGCCAGCGUCGGGACAAAGCGUCUGGAGAAACCCGGGGCUAAAAUCGCGUUUUUCCUCCUUGAAGCCCUACCUCGGUUCUUCACUCCAUGGCCGUUCCCGAGACGCGCCCCAACCACACUAUUUAUAUCAACAACCUCAAUGAGAAGAUCAAGAAGGAUGAGCUAAAGAAGUCCCUGUACGCCAUCUUCUCCCAAUUUGGCCAGAUCCUGGAUAUCCUGGUGUCACGGAGCCUGAAGAUGAGAGGCCAGGCGUUUGUCAUCUUUAAGGAAGUCAGCAGUGCCACCAAUGCUCUGCGCUCCAUGCAGGGUUUCCCUUUCUACGAUAAGCCCAUGCGCAUCCAGUAUGCCAAGACCGACUCAGAUAUCAUUGCCAAGAUGAAGGGCACCUUUGUGGAGCGUGACCGCAAGCGGGAGAAGAGGAAGCCCAAGAGCCAGGAGACCCCAGCUUCGAAGAAGGCUGUGCAGGGUGGAGCAGCCACCCCUGUGGUGGGAGCUGUCCAGGGACCUGUCCCGGGCAUGCCACCAAUGACUCAGGCACCCCGCAUCAUGCACCACAUGCCUGGCCAACCGCCCUACAUGCCACCUCCUGGCAUGAUCCCACCACCAGGCCUUGCACCUGGCCAGAUCCCACCAGGGGCCAUGCCUCCACAGCAGCUCAUGCCGGGACAGAUGCCACCUGCCCAACCUCUUUCCGAGAAUCCGCCGAAUCAUAUCUUGUUCCUCACCAACCUGCCAGAAGAGACCAACGAGCUCAUGCUGUCCAUGCUUUUCAACCAGUUCCCUGGCUUCAAGGAGGUCCGUCUGGUCCCUGGGCGGCAUGACAUCGCCUUCGUGGAGUUUGACAACGAGGUGCAGGCAGGGGCAGCUCGUGACGCCCUGCAGGGCUUCAAGAUCACCCAGAACAAUGCCAUGAAGAUCUCCUUUGCCAAGAAGUAGCACCUUUCCCCCAUGCCUGCCCCUUGCCCUGUUCUGGGGCCACCCCUCCCCCCUGGCUCAGACCCCUGAAGGUAAGUCCCCCCUUGGGGGCCUUCUCAGAGCCGUGUGUGAGUGAGUGGUCGCCACACAGCAUUGUACCCAGAGUCUGUCCCCAGACAUUGCACCUGGCGCUGUUAGGCUGGAAUUAAAGUGGUUUUUUGAGGUUUGGUUUUUCACA